AUGGCAAGGAAGCAGACCCUGGUUCUUGUGAUGAUUGUUGUUAUAUACUGCGACGCCCGUUUACAGGACAGCUACUCAAAGUUACAAUAUGGACACAGACUGGAUAGAAAGAUGAUAGACUCUUUUGUUAACUUCAGUAUUUUAGACUGUGCUGAGGAGUUGGAAAACUUCCCAAAGGAUUGCCAAGAUAUACUGUGGGCAGGCAAUACAGAGAGCAAAGUAUACAUAAUCUAUCCACUGGGAAGUGGAGAUUUAGAGGUUUUCUGUGACCAGCAUACAGACGGGGGAGGAUGGACGGUUAUUCAGAGGCGAAUGGAUGGAACGGUGGACUUUUUAAGAGAGUGGAAUGACUACAAAUACGGAUUUGGGAAUAAAACAGGAGAAUACUGGCUUGGUAACCACGGAAUAUAUGAAAUAGUUCAGCAAGGCAACUACGAACUUAGGAUAGAUAUGUCUGAUUUCAAUGAAGAAAGAAGAUACGCUCUUUACAAAAGUUUCUCUAUCGGAGAUGAAAACCAUGGUUACGCUCUUCACGUCAGAGAUUACGAUGGAACAGCAGGUGAAUCCUUGAUCAAUCCCCACAACGGAAAACAGUUCGACACAAUAGACCACUACAAUUCAAAUAAUUGUGCUUAUCGUUACAAAGGGGCUUGGUGGUAUAACAAAUGUCAUGCAUCCAAUUUGAAUGGAAUGUACCUUGCUGGUAAUCACACGUCGUAUGCAGAUGGUAUCAACUGGUUUGCUUGGCAUGGAUAUUAUUACUCACUGAAGACCACCGAGAUGAAAGUUAGGAGACUUUGAAAAAGUGACGCAUGUGUGUAAGAGUUUGGGCGAGGAUUUAUGUCACAUCAUACCAAUCACACUAAUCAACAUAUCAACCUUAUAGUGAAAUACAAAUAAAAAAGAUUACCUUGUGUAUGGUUAACGAUUGUAAGCACUGUGAUUUACUAUAGUAGAUUUGCUGAUACUUUGAUUCAUUACAGUACAGAUAGUGAUCUUAUAAUUCCUCGGAGGUAAGCUUUGGUACUUUGAUUUAUUAUUUUUCACACAAAUGUUGCUCAUGUAGAAAACUAAAACAGAAAAGUUUGAGAUUUCAUUUACUGUGAAGACGGAAUUUGAAAAUCCUUAUUUGACUUACUUUAGUAAAAAACAAUAAUUAUUUGCAAUAUAUUUUUUUCUCUCAAAAAGUGAAGAUAAGGAAGUGUUUAAUCUCACAUAUCUUACAAACAAAAUUAAGAGUUGGGAAAACACAGACCCCUGGAUACAUCAGGUGUGUAGAUCGGGUGUGUAGGACAAGCACAGAUCCCUUGUUGAUCGGUUACACCCGCCAUUAUCUCUAUAUCCUGUAUUGGUGUAUCUAGGUAGCCAGGUUUGUCCUGUUGUCGUCAUUGUAUGCUUUGUACGAUUUAUGAAAUGUGUCACUUUAUGGCAUCUUCUCCCUGUUCAUGAUUACUUUUAUGAUAUAUAGAUUUGUUAUAGAAACUCUAUUCAUUAAAAAGUAAGUUUGGGGUAUAAAUAUCAGUUGCCAAACGGCAUAUUUUUCUGUAUCUGAAUCUAUAUCAUGGAGUUGAGAAAACGCAACGACCUGUGCAUGGUUAUACUGGCUUUGGUAGAUUAGACCUAUCUACAAUGUAUUUUAUGCAAAGUGAUCAAAGUAUCGGUCGUGAAGAUGUAAUUAUGAACAUAUAAUAUUAGAAAUAACCCAAUAACCUACUUACAUUUUUCUAACACAUAUUCAAAAAUAGCUAUAUUGACUACUGUGUUCUAGAUUGUACAAGGUGUGUUUAAGUUAGAAAAUAUUUGAUGAGACUAUAUCUUUCGUUAGUAACACGGAUGCAUGCGACCUUUAAACCACCUUUAUACAGUGGUAUAUCACUAUUAUAGUGCAAUCCUGCUGUAUUUUCAGCCAAAUUACAUGUUGGUCGAUUACAUUGCAAGUCAUGGUAGGUAUAAAAACGAUCAAUAGUUGGCAUGCUUACAUUUUACCAAAUUUUCUACCUUUCCUUUUAAUAAUGCGAACAAGCUUUUUAAGACGAACGUUACAGUUUUAGCAUAGCAACCACUAAUUGUGGUAAUAUUCAAGCAUGGUUGAAUCUCACCUUGUCUAACACAUGUGCACAAAUCGUUGUUCGUAAUAACUUUUAACUCGCAUUGUAAGAGGUUUGUCGAAUUUAUCAAGGGAAAGGUUGCUUUUGCCAGCAUGGUUACAGGUAUGGAGAUCCGUUGUGACAACUCAUGGAUGUACGCCUGUGAUGAAUUUGUUUUAUUCGUGUCAUAGGAUACUAAUCAUGACAUAGUUCGAUGUUGUAUCAAUGUAUUUGUGAUUUACAUGUAGUGUUGAUUAUCCAGAUCGUUUUUAUUAGCAUCAUCCAUUAAUUUAAUGAUAACUGCAAAUGUUGAAUUAAACCUGUACCAAGUAUUCCUCUUUUUGUGUC